AUGUUGCCAACUAAUAAACGUGGUCGAUUACGGAAGCGAAUACUUGAAGCUAAGAAGAGAGCGCGUUCUGAAUUGCCGAAGGACAGUUGGAGCUCUGCAGGCUUCCACAAAACAUUUUCUGAAUUAUGCCGUGGAUUGACUGCAGACAAUAUUGAGCGAAUAGAUGCAUCGCAUCUCAGCGUUGACGAAUUCGUCGAGAAGUAUGAAAAACGGGGUAUACCGGUGGUGCUUACUGGUUUAACGGAAUCGUGGCCAGCUACUCGAAAAUGGUGCCUACAUAAGCUGGUGAAGAAGUAUCGAAAUCAGAAAUUUAAAUGCGGCGAAGAUGAUGAUGGUCGCUCCGUAAAACUGAAACUGAAAUACUACGCGCAGUACAUGCAAAGCACCACCGACGACAGUCCACUCUACGUCUUCGAUAGCGCAUUUGGCGAGCGUCAUAAAACAAGACGUUUGGUGGAUGACUAUCGUGUACCAAGCUUCUUUGUCGACGAUUUAUUUCGUUAUGCAAGUGAAGAGCGACGUCCACCACACCGGUGGUUCGUGAUGGGACCGGCUCGAUCUGGAACUGGGAUUCAUGUCGAUCCUCUGGGAACAAGUGCCUGGAAUGCUCUUCUGAAGGGCCGCAAAAAAUGGUGUUUUUUCCAUCCGGAAACACCCAAAUGCGUCGUGAAACCAACAAGUGAAGAGGGUGGCGUACAUGUUGAUGAAGCAGUGAUCUGGUUUAAGACUGUUUAUAAAAGGACUAGUUCCUGCAAUUGGUCAAAAGAGUGGACACCCAUAGAAGCUGUACAAUAUCCUGGGGAAAUUAUGUUUGUUCCUAGUGGCUGGUGGCACGUUGUUCUGAAUCUCACUGAUACGAUAGCCGUCACUCAAAAUUUUUGCUCCGAAGUGAACUUGCCUUCAGUUUAUACCAAAACACUGAAAGGAAGGCCGAACUUCUGCAAACACUGGUUGAAAUGCCUGCGAAAGAAUCGACCCGACGCCUUAACAAUAAUUGGUUAUUUAUCACCGCUUUUGGUGCUACUCCAUCGCUUUUGGUGCUAUUUGAAUAUAACUUUAAAAUUUAGUAACUAUUCACAGUUUGAGGGCACUCAGUUCUCAAGAUGA